AUGAAAUCCAUAAUUCUGAUUGCCCUUAUUGCUGUAGCCUUUACAGCUAGAGUUUAAGAAAGAAACAUGGCUAAAAUCCAAGCUGAAUUAGCAAAGAGUACAUAUGGAAGUGCACUACUUCAUUUGGUUGAGUUGCACUCAAUGGCAGGAGGUCCAGUUUAAGAAUUGAUCGAUGCUAUCGAAGAACUCAUCAAUGACUUAGAGGAGGAAUUAGAGACACUCGAAUUCAAUUUCCAAGUGAGAACAAACGAACACAAUGCUUUAGUUGUCAGUCUUGAACAAGACAUUCAAGAUGCUGUUAUAGGUAUUAAGCAAAAUUAAAUUCUUAGACGUCAACAACACACAAGACACUCUUGACAACUUACUUUAUCCAAGAAGAAAUCAAAUCUAAAGCAAAAUUGAUACCGUUAUUGGAUAUUAAGAAGAGAAUAGAAAGCUCUAUGAUGAAGCUAUACUCGUUAGAGAAUAAGAGCAUGAAGCAUUCGAAGCUUAAGUUGCUGAAUUAAAUGAUGCUACUGCUUCAGUUGAUGAUGCCCUAGCCCUUUUAGCUUCUUUGACCAAUCCAUCAUUAUUGUAAAUUAAGAGAUUCUAAAAUACAUUGAAAAACAUUGAAAAUAAAUUGAGAUCAAGAUCCAGAAUGGCUCCAAUGAUCAAGGCACUCAUUAGUUUAGCAUCAAAUUAAAACUUUUCAAAUCAAGAUGUUUUGAAAUCUAUUGUUGAUGCUCUCAAUGAUUUUAGAAAUGCAGUUGUUGAUUAAAUCAAUGAUUUAACAGCCCAAGAAGCUUAAGAUGUUAUUGAUCAUGAAGCUUAUCUUGAAUAAUUGGAUGAUGAAUUCUCUGAAUUCGGAAGAUAAAUUGACAGAGCAACAGUUGAUUUGACUGCUACCAAUGGUAUAUAUGACAUCUAAUUCAAUAGAAAAAAUCGAUUCCAUGGUUGAAUUUAGAGACUAAAGAGCUGCCGAUUAAAAAUAAUACACUGCCGAAUUAGAAUUGGAAAAUAACACUUAUGCUGAAGAGACUGACAUCUACACCAACACCAAAAAUGAAUUCACAAGAGAAUUGGGAGUCAGUGAAUAAGCUUUAGCUCUUGUUUAAAGCGUAGAUUUCUCAAACAUUCAGGUUUGAUAUUAAUAAACAAAUAAAUAAAUAUUUC